GAAGAAAGCGAUUUGGACUAUUUCAUACGUGAAGCGGGCGAAAUAUUUGGUAUUUCAAGGAACCUACCUAUCAAUGAUAGAGGACCAAAGCGCAUAUUGGAAUAUGUUUUGCAUCAAGAGGAUGAAGACGAAGAGCAGAAUCUGGCGGAUGCAACUAUGGAGUUGUUCGAACCAGCGCUCAAUCAAGAAGAUGAACCAUAUUUCUCGGACAUCGAUGACUACGACGACUCUGAAUGA